GUGCUGAGCAUGUAAGCAUCCGGGAUAGCUGAGGGGUGGAUCUGUGAUAAGUGAUUUCCAUCCAGCUUAAACAUCGUCACCAUCUUCAAAGAUGGAGGUAACUUAAGAAAGUAACUUAUCAUCACCAAAAAACAUGGUAAAAACUCAAUCAGAAAGAUCAUGUCCUGGCAUCUCGUUCUCCACCGCCACCUGUGGUGUAUAAGGUGGAUACCGCUUCUAGGUCUGCUGUCAAGCUCGGGAGUCUCCUUGCGCUUGCAACAGCCUGUGUCGAUAGCAACUCCUCUCGUGGGGGACAAGGCUGCAGCAGCUGUUCGGGACAAAGCUGUUGAGGAAACAAGUGCAGCAGUAGGAGCAGAGCUUCCUCGCAGCAUAAAUGUGAAGGUCGAAAACAGCAGCUUUUCUGGCAGCAGUAAGUCUUCUACAACUACGGGGUCUGCUGGUGUAGCUGUCCUAGGUAGUUCUCGCGCUCCUCCAUCACUAGGAUCUUACACUCCAGCACAGCACGGACAGAAUGCCGCUGCUACUUACGGUAGCAGCACUGGCGCAACAACAAGCCCUUUGUCCGACUCUCCGUCGAAGUGGAUUCCUCUACCGCCAGAUAUCGCUCUGAAGUAUCCUCCAACUGCGGAGAAUGUCUUGGAUGAUCGGUUACAGAUGCCCGAACGAGGAGAACAAGACAGUGAGCUUCAUCCAGGUUCUGUGGCGAGGUGGACGUCAGCGAGUUUAUGUCGUGGUCUCCAACUUCGUUUUUUUUCCUAAGCAUUCUUCCUCUCUCAUACUCGCUCCUCAUCCUCUUACUGCCGUGUCUCUACUCGGGUCACAACGGAACCAGGCACUUACUUGGAAUUGCUACGUGGUUCUUCGAAUGAAUGAAUGAAUACUCCUCAUCCCCGUGGUCCCUCACUGUACUUAUUCACUGUGCUCAUCUGAACAUCCGCAUCUCAUUCACUGUGCACCUCUUCAUUCUCCUCGAAACUUCCGAUGAGCACCACUCUGAGCACCGGUGUGGACGAUCUCGAGUACAACCGAGACCGCUUAGAGAAGGCUAUGGAGGGAGUACCCCUUCCUGCUGAGUUCUCCCCACCUGGUACAAGAACUACUACUGGUGCUGGAGGAGAAGACGUCUUUUCUUCAUCAGCAGAAGGAGAGCAGCUACCAGAAACAACUGGUGCUGGGGGAGAAGACGUCUUUUCUUCAUCAGCAGAAGGAGAGCAGCUAGGAGAGGUGGUAAAGAUAGGCCCGACCAGUGAGCGCGACAUCGUGGAGAACGCCAUCCGUGGACGCGUCUUUGAGCCGAAAACACAGGUGGUGCCUUUGGCGACACCUGCGAAGGCGACACCUGUAGUUACUAUCGACGAGGACCCAUUAGCGAAGUAUGGAACGCCGCCGAAAUUUGAUAAACUACCUUGGACUGAAUCGGAUUUGGUACUUCCCAGACGCACCAAGAAUGCUGUGUUAGUUUCUCCACUCUAUUGACUCCAAAGACUAUAGUUGCAUCAAAAUAGUAGCUGGAGCAGAUCAUGAUCAUAGCAUAAUAUUCUACCUUUGCCUAUCUGAAAUUGUAACAACAAAUCUUUCAUCUCUUUCAAACCCUCUCUGUCUUCAGACUCCCCUUCCUUCGGUUACGAUAUCUGCUGCUGACGCUUAUCCUCUGCUGGACGAGGCCGAUCCGACGCUUGCCGCAACCAAAGCAGCCAAUGACAAACGAGUUUGGGACGAUUUGACGUUAUGAGGUUGAAAUUGUGAAAAUCAUGCCAAUCUUCUCGUAAGUAAUUAUAUGUGGAAACGCAGCCGAGAGCUAAAUCAUGCCAAACUCGUUUGUCAUUUAUUGGCUGCUUUUCAGUAUGCGUUGGCUUGUGAAAUUGAUAUGAGUGAGAGGAUCAUGUUGGAAUUGGAGUGUAAUACCUCCCCGGGUCUUUCGCAAUAUCUUCUCGUGAUAUAAGCAUUUAUCAUCUUCUCGGUUUAAUAUUAGCUUUGGUUUUCGUAAUAUAAAUAUCUUCUCGUCCAAAAAGAGCAUAAGUAUUUAUAUGUCUUCUAGCAACCUUUAACGUGGAAACGCAGUCGAGAGCUAACUCGUGGAUUGGCGACUGGCAGUGCAGUAACGGAAGAUGAACUCGUGGCCGCUUCUGAAGAAGGAUCUGAGGAAGGAGAAGGUGGUGGCACUGAGUCAUCUACAACUAGUAGCACUGAGUCAUCUACAAGUAGUACAACGGGAUUUUUGAAUGUGACCAAUACAACCUGGGAUGAGCAAGGCCUUGGCAAAUGGGUCGACAACUUCGCGCAAAAAGCCGUAGAAGUGACUGCCGCUGCGGUCCGACCUGCAAUAGAACAACGUAUUCAGAUAUGACAGGAAAAAGAGUGCUCAUCCUGAGGAAAAGAGGCAGUUGUUCCCUAAAAUUUAGAAAGUCGUGCCUCUUUUGUUGAGUAUGAGUACCCUUUACCCUCUUUUUUUUCAUAUCAGAGCGUUGUAGAUGCCGAAAUCGCAAAAGCUUUUCCACCAGCAACUACAAGUGCUGGCUCGGUUGGAUCGCUCAAUACGGUUGGUAUCCUAGGCUCUAGUACUUCCUCGGGAAGGCAAUCUACUUUUUCAGGCAGUAAAGGAGAAGUGGUCUCGAGUCCUCGUGGUAGUGGAGGUUCUGCUGCUGGAAGUAGUGGAAGUUCCUCUGGAUCGACGUUUUCAAGUUCAUCUGAAUCGACGUUUUCAACAUCAGGUACGACUGGUGUUCCCUCACCGAACAGGAGUCCACCUGUAGUUCCGAACAGUAGUCCUGUAGCUCCAUGUACUGUCGUAAAUGAAGGACCUAUCAUUGUUGCCAAGGAAACGGAGACAGCUCUGACGACCCCAGCACCAGUAGACAUCAUGAGCUACAAGGAUUUGUACCCGUUGAGUGUGGAGACGGGUGGAGUCGGUUCAUCUGGUAGUACUUCUGCGGUUGCUGCUGGUGCGGUUGGAAGUGGUGCUGCUGGCAUUUUGGGUUCGGCAGCUGGUACUGCAGGUGGCGCUUGAAGAUAGGAUGGCUUGAACAGGAGAAUACAACUUGCACAGAGACUGAAAAGGAUUGAAAAAACCAACCCUGUGAGUGUAUGUUGAUCAAGAACAAAGCAUUUUGAUUUUGUUGUAGCAAAUGAUAUGGUGUAUUUGAUGUUGCUUAUUUUUUCCUCGACCGCUCACAAGCCUUUUCUGCUUUACAAAAGACGAUGCCCAUGUCGAAGCGGUCAUUUUGCGUGAUAUCCUCAUGUCACUAGUAGAUAAGGGCCCUUUGUAGGCAAUGUCGACGGAGUUACGUAUCCCUUUGCAGGAAAGACUGUUGCUGCUAGAGAUGCUUUUUUUUUUCGUGGAAAGGCCAACUUCUGUCGAGAGUCGAGCGAAACCGAAAUGCAUAAAUGCCACCUACCUACCUGGGUGACUUUUAUGCAUUUGGGUGACCCGCCAGUAGCCUUUUGGAAACUGAGUGGGGUCUAGAGUGUUCCCCGCCUCUGUUAUGAGUGAGUCGAGAGACGCGGACUUGUUUACGGACAAAAAGCAAGAGGAUGGAAGAAUAGAAAAACUUUAGAUCUUACGCGCAGCUUAAUUGAAAAGGGGGAGAGCGUCCCAUCGCUCUCCCUCGCCGAUCCUUUUAUCUCCCGCCCGCUCUUAGCAGAGAAGUGGCUAGCAGGCAUAAGGUAGCCCCUUUGGUAGGAGUAAUUCUUCCGGUUUCAGUUUUUCUUUUUGGAUAUUUUUUGGCGAUGGUGUUUGCGGAACAAGGUGGUCGAGA